GAAACGCUACCCAUGCACGCCACCUACCCCACCACUACACCUUCUCCAGCCUCUCCAUCUCCUCCUCCCCACCCGACAAACCCCCCUUUUUCUCCAUCCUCUCCGCUUCCCCUCCCCUCCGCUUGCAGAUCUCCGUCUCGGUCGCUGGGAUGGAGCAACUGCGCUCCAGCGUGCCGUUAGCGCACGAUCAUGCCUGUGGCCCGUCCGUGUGUGGGAUGUUGCGUAAGGAAGGGACAGGUGUUAGCGCGCCGCGUUGAAGAAACGCGUCAAAAACAAGGGGGACAUAGUGGAUUAGUGAGCGGACAGCGCAUACUGUUGCGGCAGCAGCACUCCGCAUCUGCAGGCGCGGAGGGUUUCCCCCCCUCCCGCUGUAAUAUUUAUGACAAAACGGAGGCAAAAUAUUCUGGUCACGUUUUUGGCUGACAGCCGGCUGUCCUGGAGAGCGCUGGAGUGGAUCGGGGGUCCAGUGCUGGAGAAGGCGCAGCGCUCCGACACCUGCAGUACGAUGUAAAGGGAAUUCCCACCAACAAAACCGAUACAACCUCAGAUCUGGUUAUUCUCUCCACCGCUGUCUCAUCUGAGCCAGAGGGAAAGGAAACACAGACCAUGGUCAGAUUUGGCGGCUGCUGUUGCUAUGCAUGAAGGACCGCUGCGGUGUCAAUGGAGACCGAAGGCUAUCGUGACCUCCUGGAGACCAGUGAUGGUCAGGGGGUAAGCCUGCUGGAUGGAGGAGGAGAUGCGGGCGCGGAGGAGGGCUGGAACACACCCUAUCCUGUUGGUUUCCAGGUGUCGUUGACAACUGUCCUCGUGCUGGAGCUUGUGUUGGGCUUCAGCAGCAACCUGACCGUCCUUGUACUCUAUUGUGCUCAGUCCAACCUGGUGGAUUCAGUCAGCAACCUUGUGACAGUCAACCUCCACGUGCUCGACAUACUGGUCUGUGUGCUCUGCUUACCGCUGACGGUUGCUGUGAUCCUGGUACCGGCGAAUGAAAGUGGACUUAGUAGCCUGGCCACACUUUGCUGCUUCCAUGAAGCUUGCGUCACAUUCACGAGUGUGGCUACGGCAGUCAACGUGUUGGUAAUCAGUUUGGACAGAUACGACAUAUCGGUGCGUCCAGCUAGUCGUCUGCUGACCCCGAGGCGUGCCGCGUUACUCCUGGCAGCGGUGUGGGUCGUCUCUCUGGCUGUUUUUUUCCUGCCCUUCCUCGAAGGGGACUUCUUCUCUUCAUCGACUGAGGAUAUUGAGAACGAGGAGCUGGAAAGGCAGAGCAAUGACUCAGAACUCACUACUGGACAUACACCCAUAUUUUCCUCCUUCUCUCCUUCCUUAUUGCCCUCCAGUCCGCCCUCCUCUCCUUCGCAGCACCUUCCGCCAGUAUGGCAAAACAGGACAUUGCUGUGUGUUGGAGGGCAGGGGUAUUACACGGGUAUGGCGAUGUAUUAUCACUUGUUACUCCAAGUGCCCUGUUUCUUCAUAGCUGUGGCAGUCAUGCUAUUCACCUACUCCAGGAUCCUGCAGGCCCUCAACAUCCGCAUCGGCUCCCAUAUGAUGAGGAACACACGGUCAAAGGACUCCACCUGCAGGAUACGCUGCAGGAGGAAGAGGAGAAAGGAACUAAGCCUGCCACCUGAGACAGUGUCCUCCAACCAAAAUCAGAACCUCACUCACCCUCCCCUCAUCCCCUCGGCCACCCCUACUCCAACAUCCCCACCACCACUGUUUUCCAUGCCCCCGGGGAUGUCUGAUAGUGGGGCCACAGUAACUACUGUCAGCACUGCUGCAACCACCCCCAUUGCAACCACCCCAGCAACCCCUGCUUCUCCAACUCCCCCUUCAGCGCCAGCUCGCACCCAUGCCUCCACGCCUCUGCCGGCCUCAUCCGUGGGCGUACAGGCCUCAGUUUCAGCCAUCAUCGCUUUAAGGAGGGCUGUGCGCAGGCACAGGGACCGACGAGAACGUCAGCGCCGUGUCCUGAAAAUGUCCCUCAUCAUCAUAUCUACCUUCCUGGGUUGUUGGGCCCCUCUGUCCGCAGUCAACGUUUUGAUCCUUUGCAUGGGUCCCAGCGACGGCCUGGUUGAGCUGCGUCUGUGCUUUUUGGCCAUGGCCUAUGGUACGACCAUCUUUCACCCUCUGCUCUAUGCUUUCACCAGGCAGAAACUGCGGCGUGCCCUCAAAACGCGUGUAAAGAAAAGGGUCGUAUCGCUCCUGCAGGUAGACCCAGCCCCCAGCGGGGGGACUGUGAUUCAUAACUCUUGGGUUGAGGGAGGAGGCCAGAGAAAAGGCCGCAAGUCACGGGUGGAGGCCAGCGAUGGCACUGAUAGAUGCCUCACAGAGGCAGUGAGAGAAUGAGGGUGGUCUUGAAGGAGCAGCUGCAUGUCUGAGAGUGCUGAGUAAGUUUAAAGCAAUUGUGUACCUUACUAAGCUGAUGGAUGGAUUGCUUGUAUAUUUGUGAGUAGGUGGUAGGACAAAUGAGCAGGAUAUAGUUUACAAAGGUCAGAACAAACCCAUUGGCCGUCAGUUUUUGGCAGAUGUGGAAACCAGAGAGCCCCAAGCUCAUGUGAGAGCCUGCUUUUUGUUCUCCUUACAUAAGCCCUUACAAGUCCACCUCUCACAGCCAGUAGGCAAACAUUAAACAACCCUUGACAUGACCACUCUGAUUACUAGUGUGAUCCCUUCAUGUAACGCAAGGGUUAAAUAUCUGCAAAGACAUACAAAUCAAUAUUGCUCCUCUGUGCACUUUUACCUGCAUGUGCAUGUACAUAUGCACUGUUAAACACACACACACAUACAGCACAGUUAAACAUACACACACUCACACAUAGUCACUAUCUGUGAAAGCACACAAGUAUCUACCUGCACAGAUGUUCUCAGUGACGAUAACAUUUUCGAAGGAUUUUAUUCUUGUUUUGUUUUCCUUAUUUUCAUGCCUUAACUGAGUUGUUUGUAUAUUGUCAUGGUGCUGAAUGUCCAGCUGUAUGUUUACAACAAUUCUAUCAACACAGAGUGAAAGUGUUUGCACUGACUGCAACAGGUAUAGGAAUGUAUGGCACCGAUCAGGCAUAACAUUAUGACCACCUGCAGAAGAUGUGAACGACACUGAUUUGCUCCCCAUUGUGGUACCUAUUGGUGGGUGGGUGAUGCAAUUAAUAGAAGAAAUUUUCAUAAACUGUAUGUAAAGAUACUUUUGCUCACUGUCUGAAAUUGAAUCAGACAAAACGUUUCCUUUUUUAUGCCAGUUCAGAUUGCUUAAGUUGUUUAUCUUUGCUAAAUGUCAGAAAAAUAAGAGAGAGGUGUUUUCUACGUUUGAAUUCAGGAGAUUACAUACAAUUCGUAAGUUGUUUGUUCAUUGGAAGAACAAUUUGCAACCAAGCUUUAAUUUCAUGGCCUGUCUUAAGGCAUUGCUUCAAUAUUACAACACAAUGCUGAUUUCCCAUGAUGCCAUCUAGAUUGUGAAGUGCACCAGUCCAUCCUGCUGCAAAUCACCCACACAACAUGAGCAUGCCCCAUUAUGGCCAGUUGCUUCAGUUUAAUCACACUUAUUUAAUGUCAGACAGUGUGAAAAGCUUGUGUCCAUUCAGUGUAUGUAAAUAAUUAGCUUCAACUAUAUUAGGUACAACAAUGUUGAGUAAUUCUGUCCUCAAAGUUAAUUUAUUAAAAGGGGGGGAGGAGAAAGCCUAAUGUUUUGAGUGCGUUUAAAAAGGAUGAAAUUGUAAUUGUUAAAUGAAUAUGUGAGAGUAGUUCCAAAAACUUAGCUUUUGCUGGUUGCUGUAUGCAUAAAGAGUGGUCUAUGGAUUAGGGCAGGGUAUGGCGUAGCUGCAAAGCAGGUGCUCUAUACUCCUAAGCUAUUAGUCAUUGACACAGCCGUCUGCGGUUUUACCCCCGGCUUUGAGACAUUUGCUCCAUGUCUUCUUCAUUUCUCCAUCUUUCCAGUUCAUGUCUGAUUAUACAACUGAAACAAAACCUUAAAAAAAAUGUCCAAGGAAGGAACUGUGGUGAACCACCAAAAGGGUCAUUGGCCCCCAUGGCUCAAUGAUACACAUGGGGAGAGUUGCUUAAACUGCUAAACGAACUGAAAAUCUGAUACAAAAGCUGCAUAUACCUGUCAGGUUGCCAAUGCUGGUCAUAAUGUUAUGCCUGGGUGUGCAUCAGUAGAAGCAUGGAAAUGUAAAGUUUACAAACGCUCAUAAAAUUACCAGGGAAAAGCAAAAACAAAAGGAAGAAAUGACGAAAGAAAUAAUCUGAUUCUGGCUUAAUUCUUAGUUAGCAGCAAUUUUUGGAAAAAUGUGUACAAAAUAUGGCAGAAAGGCAUGUUUCUAUGUUUUUGUUGUUUGUUUUUUUUGUUUUAGAUGAGUUUUAAUGGUUACGAUGAAUGAGGGUUGUGUGAUUGUGUCAGUAUGUUUGCACAUUUGCGCAGAUCGGGUAAGUGAAGAUAUUUCUGUGUUUUAGCCAAUGAACGUGUGCAAUAAAACACGAGCAAAGCAAUGACCCCCACCAAGGGUGUGAACAAAGAGAAUGUGUUAUUUUAUUUUUUCUAAAUGUUAUUCAGUUGUUGGAAGAGGACAAAAAAGGGUGAAUUUAUCUUCUUUUUAACAGCAGUAGGCUGCUAGAUAAUAAAAAUAUAUAAAUAAAUAUGUGGGGCAUUUUUGUAACUAUGUGUAUAUGAAAAUUCACUGUAAUACCAUCGUAAUAGCAUCACUGCGGUUUUAAAGAGGGAAUCAAAGGGCAACACUUUGUGAAAUAUUUCAUUAAAACUGUCUGUGAGGCCAGUGCAGAUUAACUAGCAGCAUAAACAUGAGGAAACACACCAAUGACCUCUAACAUGGGACAUCUCCUCAUGUUAUCUCUUAGUUGCUCUGGACCAUCCAAUGACGACAAACAAAAACAGCCUCUGGACUAAGACCUGAACACGUUACACAAUACAGUCUCUCUUUCUCCUCAGGGCUUUGUGUCUCAUUUUCAAACUCGCUGGACAAAAAUUAAUGAUAAUGAAACUAACCCGCCCUCAGUCAGCUGUUGUGUUAAUGGGUGUUAGAGUAGUUUUCGGGUUUUGUCACCAAGUAGAUAGAAACUUUGUAUCAACUGAGGACUUGGAGGGCUCCUCUGGCUUUGGGCUUUAAUCUACGUCCGCCUCACUCCUUUUUACACGACUUGUGAGCCAAACAGGAAGACAAUAACUCUUGUGUAUUCAUGUACAUUUUUCAGGGAUGUAAAUACUUAAGUGUUUGUUUUGUGUUUUAGUCAGAAACCCCCUUUGCUUUGAUCACGAUCAUCUGCCGGACAGAAAGUCAGCCAUUGUGAAAAACUCGUAAUGAGCAGGAGAGCUAUAAUGAAGAUAUAUGUAAGUGUAUUUGUGUUAAUAAUGUAUGUGUGUACACUGUAAUUUACAUUUAUGACCAUGUGUAUAGAGAAACAUUAGUAUUGUAAAAGAUUUAUAUUAUGUGCUAUUGUAUAGAAAAGAACUAAAUCUGUAUUAAAAAAGCCUAUCUCAA